AUGGGCCCCUGUACCGCCUCCUCAUGCUGCUGCCAGGCCCGUAAUCUGCCAUGGGCCCCCGUACCGACUCCUCAUGCUGCUGCCAGGCCCGUAAUCUGUCAUGGGCCCCUGUACCGCCUCCUCAUGCUGCUGCCAGGUCCACAGUGUGUCAUGGGUCCCUGUACGGCCUCCCAUUGCUGCUGUCUCCAUUGCCACACUCUGCCAUGUGCCACUUUCAGGUCUCCUCACACUGCUGGUGGGUUCCAUUUUGUCAUAGGGUGCUGUAUGGCCUCCCAUUGCUGCUGCCUCCACCGCCACACUGUGGCUCCACACUCUGGUUUUGGCCCCGUGACUGCCCAAAUGAGUGAAGUGUGCGGUGAUUCUAAGAUCGACGGCACUCAUCUGCAUGUCAUACUGACUGACAGUAUUAUUUCUCUUCCCCAGCAGACUCCAAGGGCAUUAAAAUUAAAGGUACAGUGUUCUGCACUAAUAUAA